ACGAAUAAAAGGAGAGAUAAGGAAAUAACUUGCUGUAACAAAUGUGGAACAAUGCUUUGUAAAUGAAGACAGGUGGUUUUAUUCAUACCCUUUUCGAGCUUCUUAAUUGUUUUGGCCAGUUAAAACACAUUCGCUUCACACAGUCGUGAACUAAACUGAGCACAGCGCCCAGGGAAAUGGACUUCCUGACACUAUUCGGGAUCUAUGUGGCGGUGGUGCUCACUUGCAUCUCCCUGGUGUGUCGAUACUCAGGCCAGCAGCACACUCCAUUCAGCCGAGCAUACAACACUCUCUCUGAGGUUGUUUCUCCUUGGAUCCCACAAUGUCUUCAAAAUAUCUGCUAUAAGGGUUUGCACAGACUCUUCCACCAGAGAAACAGCCUCUUCAUUUACUUGCAUUUUUUUCUCGAAGCUGUUGUGUAUGGAGAAUUCUCCUAUGAGAUCUUCGGGUUCUGUUUAGAAAUGGACACCACUUUGUUCAACGUGUGUCUUCCAUAUUUCUUCUUGGCAAUUAAGUCGUAUGUCUUUUACCUGUGCUGUAGUAAGGAUCCAGGUACACUGACAAAGGAAAACCAUGCAUUUCAGAUGAAGGUGUACCAGUAUGAUGAGAAGUUGUUUCAAGAGGGAAUCAUUUGCCAAACAUGUCAUCUGGUGAAACCUGCCAGAUCUAAACACUGUAGUGUAUGUAACCGAUGUGUGCAGAGAUUUGACCACCACUGUGUGUGGGUAAAUAACUGCAUUGGUGCUCAGAACACUAGAUUCUUCCUGCUCUACCUGCUGAGUGUAUGUGCCAUGGCAGGAGAUAUUGCACUUCUCACAGCAGACAUGUUAUUUCAUUCUAUUGUGCGAUCUGGAAUCAUGCAUGCAUAUUAUGUUGAUGCAGAGGGUCAGCAGCAGCCUGUAGGAACUCUGAUGGUUAUACAGCACCUCUUCAUGACCUUCCCUAGGAUAGUCUUCAUGCUUGGAUUUGUGGUAUUUGUAUUUUUCCUCGUGGCAGGAUACACCAUUUUUCAUUGUUACCUGGCUUUGGUGAAUCAGACAUCUAAUGAAUGGUUCAAGCAGAAAGGCCAUGGCUGCCAGCACUGCGAUCCUGUCUCUGGACUUCAAUGCCAUGCUUCCUACAACCCACUGCGAGGUUUUUAUUACAGAGGAAUCCUUAAAAAUCUUGGGGAAAUAAUUUGGCCUUUAUGCCCUACACAGAAGAAAGACAAUUAGCAUCUGGUUAAGGGAGUUUGGCCAAAAGUAAAAGAAUCAAGUAAAAGAAUCUUAUAACCAAAAGCCAAAAGUUUAGCAUUGUGCAAACUACAUGCCUGAAUCUUUGCACAUUUGCUUUGCAUUCAUUGAUCUUAAAAACACUUGUUGAUGUGGUUUCUGACUUUGUAUGUCAAUUUUAUUUAUAAAACGUUCAACAGGACGUAAGCGCUGAAAACUCACCAUCUUCUUCAUUAUUUUGUUUUGUAUGACAACAGAACUGAUUUAAAUAAAAUAGAUUAGAUUCAUUUUAUGAAAAUGUUUACAUACAUGUGGUAUCUAUAAAAAUGCUAACCAUCUUUCCUGUAGUGAUUUGUAUAAAAUUAGAGUUUGCAUAAUGCUUUGUCUUUACCUUUUAUCGAUCCAUUCUGUAGCCCCUGUAUAAGAUUUUGGACCCUAAACAAGUCAUGUGACUAUUUCUGUAGUCACUUCUACUAUCUGUAAAUUUCCUUUUUGUCUGGAUGUUUCCAAAAUGUGUUUUGUAUGACUUGGUGAGUGGGAUUUUUGAAAUAAAUGUUUUUUGUCUGA